AUGUCCGCGCCCUCGUCGCUCAUCGACCCCUCCGUCUUCGCCCACCUCGACGCCCAGAUCGAGCAGGAGGCCCAGGUGCGCGAGUCGCUCGCGCAGACGGUGCAGAAGCUCGACCGGGCCGUCGCCACGGCGCAGGGCCUCCUGGCGCGCGUGCACUCGACCCCGCGCCCCCGCUAUCCGUCCUUGGUGCAGCAGGUCGAGCAGGCGGUCGCGGAGCAAGUCGUCGCUGUAGGGCAGCUCAGCAGCGUGGCUUCCGCGCACCCGUACUACAAGUACAACGGCAAGUGGGCGCGCAGCGUGCAAAGCGCCAUGGCGACAACCCUCCUCUGCGCCUGGCUAGGCGGCUUCGGCGCCCACGGCGACGCCCAGCUCGGCAGGCUGCUCACCCUCGAGCAAGUCGGGGCCAUCUUCUCCGUGCCGACGAACCUCAAGGACCGCGACGCCUUUCACUUCGCCGUCGAGGAGUAUCUGCUCGCGCUGGCGGACCUGACGCCCGAGCUGGCCCGGCUGGCGGCGAACGCGGUCACCCUGGGCGACUUUGAGCUGCCCAUGACGAUUAGCGCGUUCGUCAAGGACGUGUUUGCGGGCUUCCAGCUGCUCAACUUGAAGAACGACCUGCUGCGGAGGCGCGCGGAUGCGGUCAAGUACGACGUCAAGAGGGUCGAGGACGUGGUGUACGAUCUGAGCUUGCGGGGGCUGGUGGCUCGGCCGGCGGGGGGCGACGACGCGGACAUGAGGGCUGGGGAGUGA